AUGACGGAGGCAGUAGAUCAGGAGAAGGUUCAAGCACAAAGUAUUGGGCAGAAACCUAAAGCCGAAUUACCUGAAUUCACUUUCCGGAAUGUUUUAGGUGAUAUACGAGAUGGUAUUUAUGCAUUAUUAUAUAAUCCAGAAACUAAUAAAAUUGUUAUACCAAUCCUUGUAAGUCUUACAUCAAUUAUAGCCAAAUUUAUUAUAAGAUUUGUUCCAUAUACAGAAAUAGAUUUUAUAACUUAUAUGCAACAAAUUCAUCUUAUAAAUGAUGGAGAAUUAGAUUAUAAUAAAAUAUUUGGUGAUACAGGUCCAAUAGUUUAUCCAGCUGGUUAUGUACAAAUUUAUCAAUGGAUAAAUUAUUUAACAAAUAAUGGUACAGAUAUUAAAACUGGUCAAUCAAUAUUUGGAUAUUUAUUAACUUUAACAAAUUUAUUAGUAUUAGUAGCAUUUUCAUUUACCAAUAUUCCACCAUGGCCAUUAUAUUUUUUAUUACUUAGUAGAAGAUUAAUUUCAAUUUAUGUAUUAAGAUUAUUUAAUGAUUGUUUUACAACUAUUUGUAUGGUUGGAGUAACUAUAUUUUUACAACAAGCAUCUUAUUGGCAUAAAUCAAGUAAAUUAAUAAGUUUUUUAUUAGUUGCACUUGGUAGUGAUUUAUUAAGUAUUGCUAUAUCAAUAAAGAUGAAUGCAUUACUUUAUGUUCCCGGAUUUUUAAUUGUUUCAUAUUUUCUUGUUGAAGAAAAUAUAUUUAAAUUUCUUAUAAUAUUAGUAAUAAUUCCAUUAAUUCAAUUAAUAACAGGUUGGAAUUUCUUAUUACCAUUAUAUAAUGAUGAAGAAGCUAAAAUUAUUAGAUGGAAUUAUAUAAAUCAAGCAUUUGAUUUUAAACGGAAAUUUCUUUAUAAAUGGACAGUUAAUUGGAAAUUUAUAUCAGAAGAAACCUUUUUGAGUGAUUCAUUUGCUACAACAUUAUUAAUUGGACAUUUAACAAUUUUAGUGGCAUUUACUUUAACAAGGUAUAUUAAUAUUAAAGUUACUGGUAAAUCUAUUUCUCAAUUAAUUAUUGAUGCUUUUAAACCAAAUUCAACUAUAAUUAAUAAAACUAAUUUAUUUAUAGAUGCAAAUAUUGGUCCAAGAUUAAUAUUAUUAACUUUAUCUACUUCAAAUGUUAUUGGAGUAUUAUUCUCACGAUCAUUACAUUAUCAAUUUUUAUCAUGGUAUUGUUGGCAAUUACCUUUCUUAUUAUAUGCUACUGGAUGGAAUUUUAUAAUAAGUUUUAUAAUUUGGUCAGCUCAUGAAUGGUGUUGGAAUGUUUAUCCUGCUCAUGCUUUAAGUUCAGGAUUAUUAGUAACAAUUCUUUCAUUAAUUUUAAUUGCAGUAUGGAGAAAUGAAAAAUUUUGGUAUUCAAUAAAGAUAGAUACAUAG